ACCCUUUUCACCUCUGCCUUCUGUGGACACUUCGAGCAGGGUCCGCAUCAACAGGAGCAGACAAGACUGGGACUUCACAUCCACUGACCCACAGCCCACUUCCCAGUGACAGAACCCUGAUGACAAACAAGGGUCCAGCUCUACCAUGGACUCCACCUCAUUUUGCCUCAGGCUCUUCCUCCUCAUCAUCUGCCUGGCCCCUCUACUGUUCUUUCUGGUGGGACAGGGGAGUGAGGGUGGAUGGGGUCCAAACUCUGACAGAAGCCACAACAUCACCAUCCUGCUGUGGCACUGGCCCUUUGGCCCCUCCUACAAUUUGGAGGGAGACGUGUGCUGGAACCGGUACCGUAUCCCUGACUGCCGCCUGGUGGACCAGCGCUCUCUCUACCACAGUGCUGACCUGGUGGUCUUCCACCACAGAGAGCUGAUGAACGGCCAGGAGCGGCUGCCCCUCCACCUCCACCGGCCGAGGCACCAGAAGUGGGUCUGGCUCUCUCUGGAGUCCCCUGACAACAGCAGAUACCUGAAGCCCUUCAAUAACGUGUUCAACUGGACCAUGUCCUACCGCCACGAUGCUGAUAUCACCAUGCCCUAUGGUAAGCUGCUGCCGAAGGACUGUGAUACUGGUAAUGAUAGCAGCACAGAAGACAUCAUUCCCAAAAAUAAGUCCAUUCUGGCCUGCUGGGUUGUUAGUCACUAUGAGCCUCAGCACAGAAGGAGCUUGGUGUACAAGAGCCUGAAAAGAAGCAUCCCAGUGGAGGUGUAUGGUCGCUUGAGAGGGAGGGUUUUGGCCUCCAGCGACCUGCUGCCCACCAUCUCAAGCUGCUACUUCUACCUGUCCUUCGAGAACUCAAUCUCCAAGGAUUACAUCACUGAGAAGCUCUGGCGGAACGCUUACCAGGCAGGGGCAGUGCCUGUGGUUCUGGGUCCACCGCCAGAUGACUACAUAGCCGUGGCUCCGCCAAACUCCUUCAUCCACGUUGAGGACUUUCCAUCCACCAAGGAGCUGGGGAACUAUCUCCGCCAGCUGCAACUGGACAAGGCGAGAUAUGCUGGGUACUUUGCGUGGCGGCAUAGCUAUCAGGUGAAAGUGUAUACAGACUGGAGGGAGAGACUGUGUAGCAUCUGCCCCCAGUAUCACAGCCUGCCUGCUCAGAAGGUUUACCAUGACCUGGAAGCCUGGGUCAGGAAGUGAAACCACACACGUGGUUCACUUUGGCAGCUCCUCAGACUUUCUGCAUCCCAAAUAGCACCCUUUUCAGGUCAUUACAUCUGACCAGGGCUCAUAGGGUCUGGUCAAAAGUAGUGCACUAUACAAGGGGAAACCGACACCUUUUAAAAAUGUGAAGGUGGUCUUCUCUAGGACCAGCUCAUUUCACAUACAUUUCAGCAAUAAACCACCUCCCCACGCAACUGUGGGAAACAGGGAAAGUGGUUGAGCAUUUAUAUACACAAUAGCAUAUUCAUUUAUUGUUACAGAAAAUAUACACAAUAGCAUAUUCAUUUAUUGU